AUGUCCAAGGUUUCCUUUAAAAUUACACUGAUGUUGGAACCACGGCUGCCAUACAAAGUACUCACUGUUCCUAAAAGUACACCUUUUACAGCAGUCUUAAAGUUUUCAGCAGAAUUUAAAAUUCCUCCAACAAGUGCAAUCAUUACCAAUGAUGGACUAGGAAUGAAUCCUACACAGACCGCUAGAAAUGUUUUUCUAAAGCAUGCUUCCAAACUGGGAAUUAUUCCUAGAGAUCGUAUUGGAAGUAGAUAA